AUGUCGGAAUCAAUGACACCGCCUACAAAAGCAGUGAAACGGGCCACUCGUUCUCCUUUGACUUCGAUGGAUGAUGAUGAUGAUGAUGAUGAUGAUGAUGAGGAGCUAGAGUUGCAAGUUGAAGGAAAUGUGGGCUUGUCCGUUGCAACUGUAGCAAACAUUGUGCGUAGCGAAAUUCAGCGAGGGAUAGCCCCGGUGGCGACCUUGCAAUCAGCGUUUGGAGAAAGGCUUGGACAGUUGGAAAGUUCAGUGUCCGCUCAGGGCUCUCGUAUCCAGAAACUUGAGCAAAUCAUGGCCAGUGCUGAUGGCACAGCAAGAUCAACUGCGUCAGACCACUCUGCAAAAAUCGAGAAGCAAAUGCGAUUUGUUUGCUAA